UCGGGAGGGCCUCCUUCCUGACUGCCGUUGCAUUGCAAGGUUUGUGCCCCUUUAGCAACGAUGCUUCAAGGCCUUCGAGUAACAGACCUACAUUGCAAGGUCUGUACCCCUUUAGUAAUGAUGUUUCCAUGCCUUCGAGUAAUAGCACCGUGUUGCAAGGUCUGUACCCCUUUAGCAACGGUGCUUCCUUCCUUCCCGUUACAAGUGUUGCCGGGAGGGCCUCCUUCCUGGCUACUGCUGCGUUGCAAGGUUUGUACCCCUUUAGCAACGAUGCUUCCAUGCCUUCGAGUAAUAGCUCUACGUCACAAUGUAUGUGCCCCUUUGUCAACAACGCUUCAUCAUGGUACCAGUGCAUGGUUCUGGGACGUGGAGGUCGGCCACAUAUGGCUCUCCCCCGACGACCUUUCUCCUCAGCUCGUGUAGCCUUAGCCUCAGAUCUUUCACCGCAUCAGGGGCUAGUUCUACUCGUGUGCGCCCAACGCGGAGCUGAACUUGAGUAGAAGACUCUGCAACCCUCUCACGUACGUGAGGUCAAGAUUUAGCAUGACGUCCGUCUGGGAAGGUUGUCCGCCUGCCCAGUCGACGGAAGUGAUAAGAUGAGUCGUCCUUCCUUGCUACCAUGGCUACCCAACUUGUCGGGACACAUACUCCCUUCGAGAUCCAUUUAUGCUGGCACAUGUUUGCUGAUACAUCUCCUGGGGUGUCAGCUGUCUACCCGGUUGACGGGAGUGAUGAGAUGAAUCAAUCCCUCCUUCUCGGAACGAGUGUUCCCGGGAAGGCCUCCUUCCUUACUGUCGUGGCUAACUUGCUGGGACACAUACUCUAUUCGGGAUCCGCCCGUGCUGGUACGUCUGUGCUGGUCUGUGCUGGUACGUCUGUGCUGGUACGUCCCUUCAGGGCCCAUCUUUGCUGGUACGUCUGUGCUGAUACGUCUCCCGGGGUAGCCAGCCCUCCUACCUGGUCGACGAGGGUGAUGAAAUGACUCAUUCCCUCCUUCCUGGGACGAGUGUUGCCAGGAAGGCCUCCUUCUUGGCUGCUCAACUUGCCGAGACACGUACUCCCUUCGGGAUCAAUCAUGCAUUAAGCGUACGAGCAUGGUUUAUGGGCACCGAGUAUACAGGCGUCUGGGAUGAUAGAUCCGAGCGUGCACGACCUUGCGAUGGUGCUCCGCAACCCGACCAGUUGGCACAGAGUCAUGCUUGGAGAAAAGGAAGCCCCGCUCUCGGUAGGCAGUCAUCCCCUCAAACUAGCGUUAAUGCUAGAGACAAGAUAGAUUCCCAUAUGCCAGCCAUAGCCUUGGAUUUGCUCUCCAUGAACCUCAAGCCUCCAUCGCACCUUCGGUUUAGAAAUCAAUAUGCAGAGAGGUUUGCCUUUUUGACCUUUCGCACCUCAAACAUGCAGUUGCUGCUUCAAAUUGUCGGCCAAUAGGGGAGAGACCAAUGUAGAAACCGGUGAUGCAGCGACGGGGUGUAGGAGCCGAGGAAGCCGCAAGCGAUGACCAUGAGCAAUAGCUACAGCGAGCGUCGUGGCGAUGGCCAACAGAGGCCCCAACACUGACUUAUCCUGCUUUGUUGACGACGAUGGCAACAACCUGAAACGGCGGCUGGUGAGACCUAGGGCUGCGACGACGAGACCUGGAAUGAUGUCGUACAGUGGCGGAAUGGAGGGCUCUAGUGGCUCCGGUUUUCCAAGCUUGGAUUCCCGAUCUCAGCGGUGUGGCUAUACGUUCGGCUGGGUCUGGAACUUCCAGAUCUCCGACUCCAAAUUUGGAUCAAGUGGAUUUUCAAGAACUAAUUUUCAGUAUUUUAAUUGUGAUAGUGAUGAAUUUGUGAUUUUUUCGAAGCAAUCUAAGUGAUCGCUGCUAGAAUCUCUCCAAUUUUCUACCGACAAAGAGAGAAGACUCUCAAUGAAAGCACCAAUGUUAGAAGAAAAUAUCCCGGGUAGAGAAACUAGCAGCAUUUCAGUAUAGUAAAAUAGCGUUCCCAAUACAUGGGGGGUUGAUAGCCUAUUUAUAGGCAUCCAUCAUAAGUCCAAAGUCUAAUCUACGUGGGCUUGGCCCAUGUUAAUAAUACAUCUCCAAGCUAAUGGGCGAACCGGUCCGAUAAAUAAGUAAAUGAGCAAGGGCGACUCCCGCUCGUGAGACUGCGUCUUGGGCCUAGUUGGGCCUAAGCUCGGAGAUAACGGGCCGAUGGCACUGGGCCUGGCCCAUUAUCCCAACUGAUACAUAUUGUUUCAAUCAACUUACUAUCCUAUUAUGUAUAUAAACUUCAAAUAUAAAUUAAAAUGC